GCUUGAAUUUAACCACCCUCCAACGAUAGUCUUGAGUUUUCGAGUAAAUUUAUCAAUUGUUUUGCAAGAAAACCUACCAGUACUUGAAAUCAUAAAUUUUUUUCGUUCAACUUUUUUUAUAUUUUGUCAAUGUCUUUUGACUUUUUCUGUUUGGUAUUUUCAUGGUUACAAACUUGACUCAACAAAAACUGAACAUAAAUCAUUUGAAUCAUUUUACAGGGAAACCAUAACUUUUUUGCAAAGCAUUCUAGAUUACUAAAACUUUGGGGUUCAAAAAUCUAUUGGUUCUGUAUUUUAGUUGUAAUACUAGUAUGAAGCGUCAGUAUUAUAUUCAAUAAUUGUGUAAUAUUUUAUGAUUAUAUCUUACUUCUAGAGUUUAGUGUAAAAUUGUAAAUUUUAGCAUUAAGGAAUAAUGUCUGAUAGUUUUCAAAAUAAAGUAGUUUUGGUAACUGGUGCUUCUAGUGGAUUUGGAAAAGCUAUCGCUCUUCAAUUUGCAGAGCGUGGUGCAUUGUUGGCAUUGACAGGAAGAAAUAAGGUGAAUUUGGAAAAAGUUGCGACGGAAUGUAAAAAUAAAGGAGCAAAAGAUGUUUUGAUGACAUUGGCAGAUUUAGGAAAAUUAGAAGAAAUUAAAAACGUUGCGGAAAAAACUAUCGAAAAAUAUGGGAAACUUGACGUUUUAGUCAACAAUGCCGGUGUUAUACAAUUUGGAAAUCUGGAAAAUUCCAAGUUAGAAGAUCUGGAUUGGCAAUUAAACAUCAAUGUUAAAGCCGUCGUCUAUUUGACACAAUUAUUAAUUCCUCAUUUAGUAAUAUCUAAAGGAAACAUCGUAAAUAUCUCUAGCGUUAGCAGUACAAUGCAGUUUCCUCAAGCCUUGUUUUAUGGGUUGACAAAAUCUGCUUUGGACCAAUUCACGAAAACGAUUGCUCUUGAGUACGCUCCUAAAGGUGUUCAAGUCAAUUCUGUGAAUCCGUCUAUAGUACCAACAGCUCUCCUUCGAACUGUACCUGGUGGGAUUCCCGAUGACGCAACUUUUGAAAAGAUUUCCUCACUUCAUCCUAUUGGUAGAAAUGGAACAGUGGAUGAAGUAGCCAGUGCUGUGUUGUUUUUGGCAUCUGAUUCGUCAGCUUGGACCACUGGGCAAUGUUUAAUGCUCGACGGAGCAAGAUCACUCAAUGUAAAAUAAGUGCACCAAUCAAGUCCUUGCAUCUGGAAAAAACUGGCUAAUACCUAUAUCUUAAAAUUGAUUCAAAACGUAUUGCCUGAUUUUACAUCGUGUCUUUAUUUUAUUG